CCGCGGGCCUGUUUACCUGCUUUUUUUUAUUCGAAUGCCCAAGUCGCCAGAAAAGGACGGAGCGCGCUCAAAGCACGAUGGAUGUAUGGAUUGUAUGGGCACAAGCGGCCAAGAUCGAGGGCGACGCCACCGACAAUGCACGGGCCCGCGUCUGGUUAUAUUACCCGGCGGCGUCGAAAACCCACCGGAUUAUUGUAAAUUAGGUGUUCGAGUGCGCCUCUCCAUUUCGGCCGGUGUUCAAGUCAAGCGCGGCCGGUGUGGCAACCAUGCGCGGCGCAUUCUUCAACAAACCGAGCCGACUUCACGCCAGUUGCGUCCCGACCGCCGAGCGCGACGGAUUAUUGCCGGCCGCUCCGCGAAAACUAUCGUACAAUAAACAGUUAAACAAUUUAUAAGUGCGUGUAAUCGUUUAUUAUAACGUCCAAUCAGCGUUGAAUGAGUAAAGUGAUGACAAUUGUGACAUAUCGUAUCAAGUUUUGAUGCGCGACGAUGAGCGAAACUUUCAAGUUUGGGAAAAAGUUACGGUGCCCGAUGCACACGAGUUCGGAAAAAAAUGUGUGCUCAUAAAAUAGUGAUGGCCUGAUGGGAUCGCAGUGCGGCCAAUGUCGUGUAGUUAGUGAUGUGAACUGUGAUAUAAAAAUUCGGCAAUCGCGUAGAUGAUUGCCGUAUCAUUGUGUGAUACAUUUAGUUUAUUAGUUACCAAAGAUUCCUGAUGAUCUUGUACAUUAGUUUGUGUUUUAUAUUGGUAGUUUUAGCCGACCCGCUGCCAGGCAAGCACGUGCCGCUAGAGAGCUAUGAGAGCGAGCUGGAGAGGGAACACGCUCUUCCCACCUCGGUGCCCAAUGCCGACAUACUCAAGACUAACAGCAAUCCCACAUACCACAAGCCUAGGCCACCGCAGCAUCACGGCGCGGCGCUGCUGGCCGGCGUGGGGGGCGCGGGGGCCGUGCCCUCGUACGCACCCCCCGGCCGAGCGUUCUUCACUCCACCCCUGCCGCCGGAGUAUAGGAACCCAUUCGCUGAUAAGCCAACACUUAGAGGCACAAACACGGACGGGAACAACUAUCUCAACAGGCGGCCGAUCCCUCCGCCCUCACUGGGGCCCGGUCACGAGAGGAUACCCAUUAGACCUCCCGGACAGGAGACAUCGUCGCCGCAGGUGCCUGCGCCGCCGCCCGCGCCUCCGCUGCCCCCCGCGGGUAUCGAACCGCAGAAGAAGAAACCUCUCAACACACCCAGUCACAAGCCUGACGAACUAGACAGCGACGUGAAGACGCCCGACCAAGCGAACUUCACAGACUUCGUUCCCAAUUCGUUGAACAUACCGACCAUAUCGAGGAUCCUGUCUGGAUCCAAUGGGAGGAAAGAGGACAUUCCAGAUGUCCUCCUCAGAACUGUUACGGCCAAGCCUCAACACCCUCCGGAGAAAACUUCAAAGAGUGACAUCUACGUCACUAAAGAUGCCGGAGUCACCCUCAGCGAUUCUAACAGAGAAGCGUCUACUGAGGGGUCGGUUCUCGCAGUUCUGGAUCCAGAUAUGAACAACCUAGACAGGCCUCUCAUAGUCGACCAAAAUGGCGAGACGAACACGAGGCGAAAUCUUCAAUAUUCGACAAAUAAGCAAAGCGAUAGGAAUGAUAGUAGAAAGUACUUCACCCCAGCUACCACUAUAGGUUUUGAAUUGAAGGAUCCUGAAAUGUCUACAGAGAGGUAUCACAAUCUAGCGAACGUGAAUUCUGAUAAGAAGAUACUGAAACAGGAUCCGAAGAACAAUGGUCCAGUGCAAAGAGCAGGGGAGACGUGGCCCUUCGCCUGGAGCUUACAUCUUUAUUCCGCUUCAAUAAUGUUUAUUGUUCUAGCAGUGAUAUCAAUAUUUAAAAUCUGUUUGUACAAUAAGUUCACGCAUCUCUUCACACAGUACUACUUCAUCAUACUGCAUCUUAUACUGGUGUUUGUGUGUCUGAUGCGUAUAUUCUACAUGUGCUACGAUCCGUACAACAUCAACAACUCCCUACCAGUGUUCAUCAGCGAGAUCCUUCUUCACGUUCCGGAGAUUUUCUUGAGCGUCGCCUUUGCUUGUACUAUAUUGUUCCUUCUCAUCAACAGUACCAGUAACUUUAAGAAUACUUGCUGUGCUUUCCUCUUGCGGCCGCGUACGAUAAUCGUAGGCGGCGGCUUGCACGUCCUCACGUGCGUAAUGUUGCAUAUCUUUGAAAGUAACGACACCAUAUACAGAAGUCAUGGUGUCGAGAAAAGGGUAUUAGGUCUUACGUGUCAAAUUAUUUUUAUCAUAGCGUGUCUGACACUCGGAAUUUGCUAUGUCUGUGUAUAUAAAACAUUAAAAACUGUAUUGCAAAAGAAGAGUCAUACAUGUAUGAACGGAUUCCAGAAUCUGUACCAAGCCAUCCAUAUAAAUCUUGCCACGGCAUUACUCUUCGUUUUGAUGGCGACGGUGCAGAUUUAUGGCAUCUUCGGCAUCAAUCAGGUCAAUAUGACCAAGUUCAACUGGCUCCAGUGGGGGUACCAGUUCUCGCUCAGGUUGAUAGAGAUUAGCAUAAUAGCUCUGGUGUCCUGGGUCAUCAGUCUGAAGGUUAUCGUCGCGUUGCAGCACGAGAAAGCUGAUGGGAGUAAAAUCUCCAGAUUAAAACUCUUCGCUUGCGCGGCCGGGUCGAGCAACGAACAGUUCGAGUCAGAUUACCCUGCCAUUUGUAAUACCAACACUAAUCUCCAUACGUAUACCAUGAGGACUGGCAAGCCGAUUUACGAGGGUGGUCACCACCCGAACAUGCCAGAUCCGUACUGCGGACCCCCCAUGGACCACCCGCGGUUCGCGCUAAAUACACUAGCGGGCAAUUGUGACAAUAAUUCCGGAACGGAGAAUUAUUCAGGUCACAGCUCGAUAGCGAAUGCGGGGCACAGCAGUUCGACUGAGUCGAGCAACGCUACGUCCAGCCAGGGUGUGACCAACCACCUCAUCAACAAACAUCACCCCAACAUGGGCUAUAACGGAAUGGAGUCAUCAGACGAUCACUACUCGAACUGCGACCCAGCCAUCCAGAGCUUGCAAGGAGAUGAUCCUAUGGACCACGAGUACAACGUCAUCCAAUACGGAAGUAACAGUGACUUCAUGAGGGACAUAAAGAAUCAAAACUACAACGGCGGGUCCAACAGAUCUUCUCAUAACUUCAAGCACAUGUCGUAUGAUAGGGUAUCAUCGCGUACUAAUAGCAACCCUCGCAAAAAGCACAGGGCGAAGAGCAAAAACCCUCCGAACUGCAUGACGAUGGGUUACGACUCUACCAUUGGCCACCACUACCACCAGCCGCAUAUGCCUGACGAAUACGGCAACUAUAACACUGAGAACGCGUCCUACCAUACUUCUGGUAUCCAGACCCUCAAUCCCAAUAGAAGUUAUAGCAACGACUGUCAGGUCCGAAGUUCCCAGCGUCGCCACUCGCCGUCCACUUCCGUGGUGAACUCCAGCGGGAGCCAAAAGAGAGGGAAGGGAAACGGAUUCCCAGAUAGACCUAAGUCGACGGAUUUGUACGGGUUUUCGGAAGACCCUAAUGAGAGGAACUAUCCCUGUGCUUUAGGGACUCCCCAACCGGCUCCAAGGAAUUGCAGUUACGAGGCAUCAUAUUCCCAGCCUCAAGAUGAGAUCCCGAAUGAGGCUGAAGGGAAUAGCAUGCUGGUAGCUCAGGAUGGUUUUGUGAGGUUCCGACCGCUGGAGGACGGGCCCUCGCAAACCUGAUUCACUAUAACUCUGUCGUGCGCGGCAGAAAACCUCAGUUUCUGAUGGUGAUCUCUGGGGCAUUGGAGGGUGAUUGCGCGUUUUUAUUAAAACAAGGGGUGAAUGCCCAAUAUUUUGCAAGCCAUUCUGGUUGUUGCCAUACACGUCGUCUCAUUGAUUUAGUAUUUAAACCGAGAACCAGUAAUGGCUUGAAGUUCGUCCCCGCUUGAACAAAUUUUUAAGAAUUUUGUUCAUAAGUUGCUCGGGAUUAUUUAUGCUCGUCUUGGCGUUCUCGCGUUCAAUCGAAAGUUAGCUCGGUGAAGAGUACAUUAAUUGUACUGCCUGCCCUUUAGGGAUACAGCUAGCUUAUACAUGUACAUACAAAAAUAUCUUGCCUAUUAAGAGUGAAUCGUGAAUCGGCCGACUCAGAGACAAUGCGGUGUUUGUUUUUAAAUUUAAUAACGCGGUCACUUAACGCCUUUGGAUACGUAAAAAUAAAUUAAUCGACGUCGUAAAUGAUGACAUGUAAAAUUGUAAAUUACAUUAGUUAGGUUAUUUAUAAGAAUCAAUCGGCCUUUUGUAAAUAGCUUUUUUUAGUUGGUCACCCUGUGUGAGAUACGCCUUUAUACUUGUGACGUUUUGUAUGCAAGGUAUAGGGUUGCAAGAUUAUUUUAAAACAAUAAUUGUAUACUUUUUAGUUAUUCUAUUUUACAGUAGUGCAGAUUUGUGUGUAUUCGCAUGGGUUCAAUAUUGACAUUAAAAUGUGUGUUUCACUAAAUAGGUUUUGCACAAUAUGAAAGGUUUACGAAUAGUAACAAGAAUAAAAUGCACGCACAAAUGUUUGAAAAUCAAGUGGCGAGAGGCAUAGAGAUCAUUCAAUUCAGUACAUUAUUUUCAUAUAGUUCAUUUAUAGUACAUUUAAUAAUUCUCAGUACAAUUUAAGAUUAUGUUGCUAUUCGUAAAACAAAAAAUUACGGAAAAAAUAUUUAUAAAAAAAAUAACGAUAAAUUCACCACACAUUGUCCCUUAACGAAUAUUGCCAUUUUAAAAAGUUAGAUAGACAAAUGUUAAAUCUAUAAAUCAUUUUAGUAAUAACUAGUAUGUGAUAUUUAUGUAUUUUUUGUUCGAAACAAUAUUUGUCCAUAGAAUAAGGUUUUAUAUGACUUUUGCACUUUUUUAUGUUUGUGGUUUUAUUAACACAGUAUUAAAUCAUAUUUAUAUAUAAUUAAAUCAGGUUUUUUUAUUGUGACAUCAUUUUAAUCAAUUUAAUAACGGAGUCUUUUCUAAUUCAUCAAGUGUUCUCCACCUUUAUUGUACAAAGAGGGUUAUAUUAUUUUUUGGAUUAAUGUUGUUAGAAUUAAAACAAAUAUCAAAAAGUGCAUUAGAUGUAUCAGAUUUUCAAAUAAUUUCAAUGUUCUUGUCAGUCCAAUCAAUUCGAUAUAAUUUGGAUUCAAUUUAAUUUUUUUUUUUUUGUAACAGUAUUUUUGCCAAAAGAAUUGUGUCUAUUUGUUUUUAAGUGUUCCAUAUAUUACGUUUCAUAAUCGAAACUCGGCAAACCGCCAUUUUCAAUAAAAGAUGCCAAUCGCUUUUUUCGAUCUAUCUCAAAAAUUGACCAAUCAAAACAAAGUAUUUUUGACAUGCUUACAAAUAAGUUAUUUUGAUUGGUUCUUUCUCGGAAUCGGAUUGAAGAUUGAGAUUGGGAUCAUAAAUUGAAAACGGCGGUAAAUAUUACAGAUUAAACAUUUAUUGUAAUCUAUAAUUUUAUAUCAUUAUUGACGAGUGGAACAAGACCUUUUGGCGUUGUUUUACAAUAGAUAUAUCUGAGUGUCCUAUGAGUGUUACCAGAGUAGAAUAACACUGAAUAUAGGUGAUUGAUGUUUUAUUUUGAAAAUCAUCACUGCCUAGUCAGAAUAGAGGGAGAGGUCUUAUACAAAAAAUUAAAUUUUUCUAUAUUUCAGAUGUUACAAAUUCUAUUGGUUUUGAGUGUUUCAAAUUGUUUGCGUGUAUAAUUUGAGUCAGUUUUUUUGUAUAAGAGGUGUGUGACGGGUUUUGAGUUUCUUGGCACAGCACUUGAGAUAACUGCGAUUUAAAUAAUAUCUGUUAGACACAAAAAAUGUAUCAAUAUUAUUCAUUUCAUGGUCACAUUAUUGUAAAUAUGGUAACAUUUUUGUAUAAAAUUAAUGGACCUGUACUUAAAUAUUAUAAUUUUUUCUGGAAAUGCUAUACGACCGCUCCCUCACGCUAUAAAUACCAUCAUCCUGCCAUAAUUAAAUAAAUAAAUAUGAUUUUGUAACAAUCCGUUAAAAUAUCAUAGUAUGUAUAAAUUAAAAUAUAUAUUGAUGUAGUUAUAAAUGUUGAUUGUAAAACAUUUAUCGUGAAACUGAACAUUCGCGAUUAAUAGAUAGAAAUUAUUGUAAAAAAGAAUACAUUAGGAAAAUAAAUAUUUAUAAAUUACCAUACAUAAUUGGUUGAAACGCGAAGUCGAUGCUCACUUAAACUCCUAUGUAAAUAAAUUAUUAAACUAAGUACCAGAGGUAUGGUAGAUAUAAUACCGAAGCAUACGCGGUUAAAUUUAAUUUUUCCCUUUUUUAUAUAUUUUUAAGUGUAAAUAUGUCGCGUGGGUCGUUGACCUCUAUUUAAGGGCAAACGCUCUGUUUGUUGUAAUUUAUAUGAUAACGUUUUUUUUAAUAUUUCCAAGACUGUACCUAUUUUCAUUUAACAGAAAUGACAAUUAAAAUACAAUAUGUAUAAAAUAAAUAAAAAAAUGAUACCGAAA